AUGUCUUUCCUUCAUGGAGUUUUACAUAGCAUCCAGCCUAAAUUGGGACAGCAUAAAGGCACUUUAACUAGCGCACUUACGUCACUUAAAAACACAAAUGAUAAUGGUAUUAGUAAAUACAAGGCUGCGAUAGCCGCGGUGGAGGAAUGGGUCAGGAGGUACAAUAAUGAAGUCGCCGAGUCCAACAGAAAAGUUGCCGUCAAACGGUACGAGCAGAAGACUCUAGAUGUAGAAUUCUCAGAGACUGCAUUAAGUACGGCCGUGAAGGUGGAGCACGCUGAGAAGUCUAUUAAUGCCAAGCUGCAAGAAUGUCAAGAGCACGCUAAAAAAUUCACUAGCGCACUUGACAUCACUGUAACAGAUAAUCCACUUAACAACGCAAUUAACGACCUAAAUGCUAAAUUAAAAGAUAAGCUUGAGAGCGUGCGUAGGACUGUAGCGUAUGAGGGUGGUAGGUUGGGGGUGGUGAAGGUGCAAGAGGAGAAGGUGUUGGAGGAAAGGAAAGCGGAGAUUAAGAGGGUGUUGGAAGCGAUGAAAUGCAGUGUGGAUAAAAGUGUUGGUGAAGACAUAACAAGAAUUCUGGCUGAGUUGAAGCGGAGGGUCGAAGAGAUUUUGGAGGCGCUUAAGCAAGUGAGUAAAGACCUCGGGCAGUAUGUCAUAGAGUUGCAAACAUGGAUGGAGAGCGCUAAAAAAGACAUUAACGAUAUAAAGAAUACGGAUUUAAAGAGGAUUUAUAACGAAAUGAACGACAGUGUUACUGGCAAGAAACGUGAUAUUGAGGACGAUGCGGCCAAAUUGGUGAAGUGGAAAGAACAACUUGACACAUACAUCAAUGUUACCGUAAAACCGCAGAUUGCUCAGUUGGUUGAGACAGCAACGCAGGCCGUUAAACAGAUAGAUGCUGAGAUUAAAAAGGAUUUGGGGAGGAUGGAGAAAAGUAUUACUGAGGGGUUGAAGCCUAUUGUGGAGAAGUCGGGGACGUUUUUGCAAGAAUUUCAGAAGACUAGAAGUACGCUGCAGUGGACGGUUCAAGGAGUAUAUGAAGAUAUAUUGAACCUUUGGAAUAUCACGGUUCAUGACCGUAUUAAAGAUGUCUACGGCUCCACAAGCAUCUCGGCUCGACUGCUCCAGUUUAUUGGCAAAGGCAAAGCGUUCGAAAAAGUGACUACAUAUUUCCAGCUGCUUGACUCUCAUAUUAUGCAACACGUUAAGGGAGCUAUGACGAAAUUAGGCAACGCAUUGGGGAAUGGUGGGAGUGUUUUCACGGUUAGCUUGGGAAGUGAACUCACAGCGCUACAUACAGACCUAGAAGCGCUGCAGAAUGUUGUUAACGGAGAAGUUGAAGAGCUCAAAUUCGAUGUGAUUACAGGAAAGCUAAAGACAAAUUUAGGCAUUGAACUUAAGAAUAUCGGUAUGCUUAAUCUCGGCGCUAGCGUCUCAAAAAUUCAAGAUUUAAUCCCUAAGUUAGGGUCACCUCAAACAUUAACUCAUGGCGAUCUCCAAUCACUUCUUACCGAUCUUGCAAAUAUUGCAGAAGCCGUGUCGAAUCACUCUGCAAAGGUAGUUAAAGCUGUCAUAGAUAAGAUUAUAGAUCAAGUGAGGCAGGAAAUUCAAGCUGUGGUUGGGGCCAUUGGGGAUAAAACUUUAGAUUUUAGUCAGCUUGUUACUGACACCAAUGAGAAGGUUACGCUGAAGCAAUUAAAUGGUGUUCAAAGUGUCACUGGUCCUCUCUCCAGUCUUCCGUGGUUAGUAAAAAAAUUUAAGGACGAAAUUCACACUAAACUCACAGCCCUCCAAUCCACCACUCUCCCCGGAGUGUUCAAGAAGAAUCCGCCAACUGGAAAAGACAUCGACGUCGAAGGGACCUUGACGGACUACGCCAGCCACAAAACCAGCACGCUCACGCCGGCCGUCGAGGCAAUUAAAGGUGAAGCGGCAAGCAUUUUCGUCGGCCACAUAACACAGGGCCUCACUGCCGUAUCGGACAAUGUCACGAAGCAUCUCAAGGCUCUCUGUGACGGGAUAACAGAGGCCGCCAAGGGUGUCGAAAAGAAACUGACAGAGGUGAUAGAUGACAAAAUCGGCAACGCUCCAAAUAUCAAGAGAAUAAAAGAGAAUACUCUCCAAAAAAUCCACCAUAACCUUGACAAACUCCAAAAACGUCUGGAGUGUGAUCCCAUUAAAAACGCCGAUGAGUUUAUAAAAUACGUCGAAAAGGCCGAAACUCAUUACAUCAAUGAACUCAAACGUCACACCAAAAAAGCGGCGGAGGAUGCGUGCAACCAACUCACCACCCACGCGCGCAGGCAGUACGUCGAGGCCCUCAAGUUCGCGCUCCAGCAGUUCGCGGAGAAGGUGACGGAGGAGCUCAGAGAGUUGCCUAAAGAAAUUAGUGAUGACUUGGAUCAAGGCCACAAGAAGUUUAUGACGACGUUCCAUGACACUUUCCUUACCAAAGUUAAUGGUAUCAAGGAAAUUAAGUCUCACAUUUCGCUCAUCGAUCCUCCGCAAUAUUCGCCGCUGAGCCAGGCAACAAAGAUUUUGAAUGCCGGUUUCGAAAAUUUCUUCCAAAAUUUGCAACUGCAAGAGGAUUUCGCUGAUGACUUCAAGAAAGUUGCGGACUCCAAGGAGUCCUUGGCCAAAUUACUUGAUGGUCUCACAACCUCCGAGCAUUUCGAUAAGAGGUUCACUAGAAACCUGGAGGAACUUGACAACGUCCUCGGUAAAUUCAAACCUUCGGAAUUCGGCGAAGCCAAGAGCCCGUUGCUUCUCGAAUCCCUGAGACAUGGUUUUACGCCCCUCGUUACAGAGCUGAAGAAAGCAUACGUAAAUUGUUACUCUGGGAGGCAAUGGUAUGAGAGUGAACAAGGACGCUAUGCAAAAGUAUUUUGCAGCAUCACUCCAAUCUUACACAACACCUUAGAGGAGCUGAAAGAGAAACUUGAAAGCGAAUGGAAAGAGUAUAAAAUAUAUAAUCCAGAUGCCUCCCACCACAGCCUACAUAAGCUUUUCUUCCGUGAAAACGGGUACGACUUUGGUCUCCCUGACGAUGUCCCCAACGGAGAGUUGAAUCACAGGGCAGACUGUACUCCCGGCCGUAUUCUCAGUCAUCUCACCGGCAAAACAUAUAAGCUGUUUGCUGCCACUCGGCCCUUCGACGUAUCGUCGGUGAAUGGUGAUGAUGCGGACAAUCUAAAAAUAGACGUUAUCGAAGGCGAGAGCCUAUUAGAAAAGCUUUACUCAUUGCUGCACGAUUACUUUAAUGUUUGCCACACCACUCACAUUGCCAAACCGAGAACUCCGUGUAAUGUUUAUGAGAUGCUGCUUUGGUGUUCAGGUUUACAGUUCAAUUCCGUGUAUCAUCCACUUUUAGAUCACGUUCGCACCCUAUUCCCGGUGGAUGAUGAAUCGCAGCCGCCUCAAAAAAUACAUCAGCCCAUUGUAGCAUAUCCACAUAACUUCACACGUGAGGACGCAUGUAGCGCAAUUGAGCACGUAUCCGAGAAUGCUUACUUACUCCUAACCGGCAUACUCGGCACCGGCGACGCAGAGUGCAACUAUGCAUCUGACUUCUCUACCAACUUCCUUAAAUUAAAGUAUCCCUCCAGAGGUGAGGACUGUUUGCAUACAUUACUAGAUAUACUUCGUAGAUUGUUCCCAGUGCUUAACUUCAUGCAUACCCAGUGCACCAUUCCCUCCAAGCACUGCGGUUGGCGUGACUGCCUCUACGGCAAUGGCGUCGGCCCAUCCAGUUGUCAAUGUAAGGAGCACUCAAACACUCAACCAACGGACCAACCAAAUAGCAAACCUACGUGCCAGGCAAACACCAAACCAAAUUGCCAACCAACUUCACCUUUAAUGUCCUAUCUGAACGAUUGCCUGCCAGGGCAUCUGCCACAUAGAUUAGAAUCAGUUGGAUUACACCCGGAAUGCCGUGCCUUACGCCUCUGGGUUUCCGGGGGUUUCUCUGGCAGCACGAAGACGGGCAAGGACAUAUGUAGGAUACUCGGCCAAUUCUUCUCCGACAUCUAUUUGCCGACACUAUUCACCCUUGUUCCUAAACCUCCAAAGACGUUGCCCGAACAUUUCGGUUUCGCGUUGUCACUUGCAAACGUGAUUAAUGAUAAUAGGAUCACUAAUGUUGGUGGCACAACAACUUUCAAGAACACGUUUAUCGCAUCCAUUGAUGAGCAGUCAAUUGAGUUAUGUGACGAACCAACUGGUCUUACGGAUGCUCUCACCGCUGCUUAUAGCUCUCCGCCCCUCAUUCCAGCUGCGAUGACUCUCACCUUAUGCAUUUGA